UGAGUGCGUCGCGCGGUGUGGAAUCCGAGCUAAAGUUGUCGAGCUCGGCGCGCGGACAGGCAGCGGCUCAGUGCAGGCGCUCACACCGACAUGGAGUAAAGGCGAGCCGGGGAGAGAGCGGGACACACACCGGGCCCUGGGGGAGAGACGCCGCUGCUGCUGCUGCUGCUGCAUCAUCACGGCUCUCUCGGUGCAUCCCAAAGCGACUCGUUGACGGAUACUGAGCGCGAUGUAGCGGGAUUAAUGGCACCUGGAUUCCUUCACUGUGUGUGAGAAAGCAGCAGAAGGCGAGUCGGCCAGUCGGCGCAGGGAUCGGCGGUGCGUCCAUCAUGCUGUGGCCGCUGGUGGCGCACUUCCUGUCGGCUGUCGCGCUGUGGCGCCCCGCUGUAGCGCAGUACUCCAGCGACGAGUGCAGCUGGAGGGGAAGUGGUUUGACCCACGAAGGACACGCGCGUGACGUGGAGCAGGUGUACCUCCGCUGCUCUCAGGGCUCUCUCGAGUGGCUGUACCCCACGGGCGCCAUCAUUGUCAACCUGCGGCCCAACAUGGCGUCUCCGGCCGCCGCCCACCUCUCCGUGUGCAUCAAACCGUCCCGUGAAUCGAGCGGCACGCACAUCUACCUGGAGCGGAUGGGUAAACUGCGCCUGCUGCUCCGCGAGUCCCAGCAAGCCGACGGCAAAGUGCACUGCUUCGGCAUCCACGAAGGGGCGCUGUUCAUCGAAGCCGUGCCUCAGAGAGACAUCAGCCGGAGGAUCACGGCCUUCCAGUACGAGCUGGUCAACCACAGGCCCGGGGCCGAUCCUCAGUCACUGACAGCCCCGUGUCAGCCCUGCACUGACGCCGAGCUGCUCCUGUCCGUCUGUACGAGUGACUUCGUGGGGCGUGGCAGCAUCCUCGGCGUGGAGGAGGAGGAGGAUCAGACGUCGGUGGGCGUCACUCUGUCCCGCGUGUACAGGCAGAAGAGCGAGGUGUUCACGCAGACCGGCGGAAGGGUGAAGAUCUGGACGGGGAAACUCCUGAUGCCGCACGAGUGCGGAGUGAAACCCGGCGAGGGCGACUUCCUCUUCACUGGCACGGUGCGGUUCGGCCAGGCCUGGCUCGGCUGUGCGCCGAGAUACACGGACUUCCUCAGGACGUACCAGGAAGCGGAGACACGGGGGACCAACCCCUGUCACGUAGACACGAACUGAGCGUCACGUCACACAGCCUCCCUGUCUCACUGUUUCGUAUCGGAUGUAUCCGGCUAAACCUUCAAAAAAAAUCGGACUCUUUCCCGAGAGCGGAUUUAUAUAAAGUGUAUAAAUAAACCCGAGGUUCUGAUUAAAAUUUGACAGUCAACGAUGUAGCACACGCCUGUGUUUAAAUGUGUAAAAAAAAAUGUGAAAACAUUGUGCGAUGGAAGUCUGUUGCUUUUGUAAAAAGCUUGUUUGUACAGUUUUUAAUUUUUUUUUUUUUUUGCAGUUGUGUCUUAUGACAAAAAAAAAAAACAUUAAAGAAAAAAACCCUGCUUUUUGUUUUAUUUUAUUUUCAUAAUUUUUUAUUGUAAAGAAGUGCGAUUCUUUGCCUGCACUAUGCCUCCAGGUGGUUCAAUUACAAAUUUCAAAAGAUUAAAAAGAAAAAGAAAAAAAUAUUUUUCUGAGGAAUU